CUCAGUGUAAUUUGGACGACGCGGUGACGAAAGUGGCGUCCACUCGUCCUCUCUCGGACCCUGGCUGGGAGGGGCGGCGCCGAUGUGGAUCACAGCUCCUCCCGGGCCGGCUGAGGCCCCGCGGCCAAUGCUGUUCGUCUGCCUUCCCUCGAGGAGUUCUCACGGCCCGCCUGGCCGUGCCGCGGGGCGCUGAGGGCUGCGUUGCGAUCAAGCCCCAGGUGCAGAGCGCAACCCUCCCCCGCCCCCCCCCACGCCACCCCACGCCCCCAAGGGGUUUGCCUGCCACUGUCGCUGAAUGAUUGCGUCAUCGAGAGCAGAAAACCACUUUUGCAUCCCUCUUCGACUUCUGGUGUACGUGUCGUGACGUCAUAGCUCUGCGGAGGUGGAAGUAAAGGUUGACAGGCUUAGAGGCCUCCUCUAUAAAAGGGGAACUUUCCCCCACCUCUCAGGACCUCAUGGAGCCCAGAGGGACCAAGAGAGGAGCUGGGAAGAUAGAAGUAGCUGAGCCUCGGAAUAAACUGUCCCACCCACCAUCCUCACUGCCCACAGACGCUGUCCUCUACUCUGGGCCCUUUCCUUUUUACCGGCGCCCUUCCCAACUGGGCUACUUCUCCCUGGACGCCGAACGCCAGUACCAUGGAGAUGCCCGAGCUUUGCGCUACUACAGCCCACCCCCAACCAACGGUCAGGGCCCCAACUUUGACCUCAGAGAUGGAUACCCCAAUCGAUACCAGCCCCGGGAUGAGGAGGUCCGAGAGGGCCUUGACCACCUGCUGCGCUGGCUCCUGGAGCACCGAGGCCAGCUGGAGGGGGGUCCAGGCUGGCUGGCAGGGGCCAUAGUAACGUGGCGGGGGCACCUGACAAAACUGCUGACUACACCGUACGAGCAGCAGGACGGCUGGCAGCUGGCGGCCUCCCGGUUCCAGGGGACACUGUACCUGAGUGAGGUAGAAACGCUGGCUGCUCGGGCUCAGAGGCUCGCCCGGCCACCCCUCCUUCGGGAGCUUACGUACAUGGGGUACAAGUUCGAGCAGUACAUGUGUGCAGACAAACCUGGAGGCUCCCCGGACCCCUCCGGGGAGGUUAAUACCAACGUGGCCUUCUGCUCUGUGCUACGCAGCCGCCUGGGAAACCACCCUCUGCUCUUCGCAGGGGAGGUAGACUGCACAGACCCCCAGGCUGCAUCCCCACAGCCCCCCACCUGUUAUGUGGAGCUCAAGACCUCCAAGGAGAUGCACAGCCCUGGCCAAUGGAGGAGCUUCUACAGACACAAGCUCCUGAAGUGGUGGGCUCAGUCGUUCCUCCCGGGAGUCCCAAAUGUUGUCGCUGGCUUCCGUACCCCGGAGGGUUUCGUCUGUUCCCUCAAGACCUUUCCCACCAUGCAGAUGUUUGAACAUGUCAGGAAUGACCGUGACGGCUGGAACCCCUCCGUAUGCAUGAACUUCUGUGCCGCUUUCCUUAGCUUUGCCCAGAAUACAGUUGUCCAGGAUGACCCCAGGCUUGUCCACCUCUUCUCCUGGGAGCCUGGCAGCCCAGUCACAGUGUCUGUACACCGAGAUGCACCCCAUGCCUUCCUGCCCACGUGGUAUGUGGAAGCCAUGACCCAGGAUCUCCUAUCACCCCCCAAGACACCCUCCCCAAAGAACUGAUGCUGCAGUGGGGGCUAGUCCUAUCUCCGUGCAUAGAUAAAGGUCUAUUUCUGUGUA